AUGGCAGAGUUUCUGGAAGAUCCGUCGACUUUAACUAAAGAAAAGCUCAAGAUCGAGCUCACGGCGAACAAUGUGCCUCUUCCGAGCGGCGAGCAUAAGAAAGAAGUGUAUGUUCAGCUGUAUUUGAAGAAUUUAACCAUUCUCAACAACAAGAAAAGUCCUCCUACAGACACUUUCUCCAGCGACGAGGAGCUUCCCGCACCCGUGGUCUCCAAUAAAAGCCGCUCCGGGAGAAAAGCCACAAAGAAGACUGACAAGCCCCGCACAGAAGAAGUGGAGGUGACAGAUCUCACAGACGAAGAUUUGAAACAGCAGCUGGCCAAGCAUGGGGUAGAAUCGGGACCUAUUGUGGCCUCCACUCGUAAAGUGUAUGAGAAGAAGUUGCUGAAGGUUUUGGAGCAGCCGCCGCCUGAGACCCCGCCAGAGGUCACUACCCUUCCAAAGGUUGACAGCAACCAAAACGGCAACACAAACUCCGACCAGUACAGCGAUAAGGAGGACGAAGUUCUUGCUGCCCCUGAACCAGAGCCAGUUCCUAUUGUUGAAAAACCUGUGCGCAGCAGAGGAAAAACCCCCACCACAGUCCGCACCAGCAGCAGACGGCAGGCGAAAAUUGUGGAAGAAAUUACAGUUACGGAGGAAACACCGAAGAAAAAGUCUCCAGAGAAUGCAGUCGAAGAUAUCCUUGCAAAUGAAAUAAGUUCACCAACUGGAAUGAGUGCAACUUGCCGGCGUCCGAUUCGUGGUGCAGCUGGUCGGCCUCUGAAGCCCAGUGAGUACUGGCUGGACGAGUCCCGUGUUCAGACCACAGUCUUGUCUGAGAGCCGCACAGAAUGUCUCAAAGCCAACACUGUUUCAGCUGCAGCGCCCGCGUCCCAGGGCUGUCUGUCCACCCUCCUCAAGCUCCUCCUGCUCAUUGCCAUAGUCGUUGGCCUCUACUAUGCUUACCAGAACCUGGACGCAAGUCACAUCGAGGCAGUCAAAGGUCUUUUAGACAGCGUCCUAGUCCCUCUGCAGGGGGCGGUGGAAAGCACUGCCACAUACCUGGGCAUCGGUGCCGGAGAUGCCCCAGCCGUGGUGGCGCCCAAUGCGGAGUGA